UUUACGAGAUGGUUAUAAUAUUUGAGGGAUACAGAUGAUCGAAUUGUUGAAAUUAACGAAUCUAAACCGUUAAUAUUGUAGUACAUAUUCAAAUGAAUUUGAUGAGAAUACUUAAAAUACCAAAUCUACGAUCAAAAUCAUCAUACUCUUUGUUAGAUAAGGAAAAACUCAGCCAAAGUAAUAUUAGUUAUAAUUUCUCCAACCAAAUGGGGUUUAGUUGGACCACUAUGAAUAUAUGAUGGGUUAUUUUGCCUAGAGGUAUAUGGGUUGACUGGGUCGAUUUUAAACCAUUUUUAACCGCCCAACCAAUGAGUCUUGAGUCAAAUGAUGGUGACCCUAAAUCACCCAUAAAUUUCAAGAUCCUACAGAUUUUUGACUCACAAUUUGAGCUGGGUUGGAUGAAAAUCUGAUCCAUUACAUGAGAAUAAGAUUUAUACUUCUAAUAAUAUAAUAUGACAAAAAAUACAUAUGUGACACUAUAUGAAACAAGUAAGUUAUUGUAGUAACAUAUUGCAUUCCUACUAGAAAAAGAAAAAAAUUAAAAAUAUUUUACUUAUUAAUACGUUGUAGUAAACUAAAAAAUUAAACAUAAAGAGAGGAUGCAAAAAUAAGUAUUGAUAUAAAUGUUAAGGAAACACUUUGAUAAAUAAUUGACUUUUAUUUUUUCAAUCUAAUUAGAAUAAGUGGGCUGAAAGACUACUUGAAAGCUCCAUAAACAAAUUAUAUGAUGACUACUAAUUAAAGUAAGGGUUUUCUGAUUAAGAAAUAUAUAUUAAAUAUAUAAGAUUUUGAUGCAUAAUAUAGUAUCACAGAUCCGUUUGGAUAUUAUCGAAUUGUAACAAUCGGAACUCACAUUUUAACCAUAAUGCUUCUGCUUUUAAAAAUUGACACCCAUACCCAUAAAAUUAGUAUUCUUUGUAGGCUUGGGUUUGAAUGGGUUGUAGAUUUGGGGUUGAACGGGUGGAUCGAUUUUCAGUUUGUCUUGUUCACUCUAACAUUGACAAAAUUAAAGGAAAUAGGUCAACCUCUUGGAACAAGGUCGACAUUUUCUACUAUUUUCCUAAAUAAUUCCGACUUUGAUGUUGAUCAGUUAAUGAAACAGAGGUCGACCUUUUUCAUUUAUGAGGGCGACCUUUUAAUAGCAAAAUGGUCGGCCUUUGAGAUAAUGGGGUCGACCUACUAUAUUGUUCACUUGCCAAAUAGGUCGAUCAUUUGCUGUAAAAGGUCAAUCGCGUCGUUGAGCGUCACAAAACUGAAACAACAAAUUUGAUCGACCAUUUUUGUCUUCGAUCUAUCAAAAAGUGUAAGUUACGGUGACUUGGGUGACUUGCAAAUCACCAUAGCAAAGUCCUAAAAUUAAUAUUGUUUGUAGGUUUAGGUUUGAAUGGAUUCGAACGGGUGGAUCAAUUUUCGGUUUGUCUUGUUCCCUCUAUUUUUGCCAUCGGGGUGGAAUACUUAGUAGUUACUGCUGGUCUAGAAGAGCGGAGGCGGUAGGGUUUUCGAAAGGAAGUUUGCACCUUUUUCUAUUCUCCCAAUCCGAACUCCGCCCCGACCCGAUUCUCUCUAUCUGAGCGAGCAUAUAAUUUCUCUGCUACAACAACCCCCAUAUCCAAGUACACAAGAACCUUGCCAAUCUAAGGACGCUCCAGCUCCCAGUCCUCCCCUGUAAGUGCUCUUCACUUCUCUGCUUUUUACAUUUUCAUUUCUGGGGUUUAGUUUAAAGUUUCGGUCUUUGAAGUUAUUGUCCAACUGUGGCAGGUGGAUUUGGAUCCUCCUUUCCUUCUUUCUCGAAAUUCUUUCGUUGGUUCUUUUCCAGUUAGAAAAGGGUAGGAGACUAAGUUGAUAGCUGUUUGAUUUUCCGAAGAGGUUUUAGUCAAUUGGAGAGAGAGAGAGAGAGAGAGAGAGAGAGAGAGAGAGAGAGAGAGUCGAAUGGGGAAAUCUGGGGGGAAGAAGAAGAAGGGCAGCGGUGCCGGCAGCGGCGGCGUUUCGAAUUCAAAUCAUGUCCCGCUUACUGAUCAUCGUAAUCAUGCUAACGCCAAUUCAACAGUUACCGCCACGGGCAAUGGUGUUGUGGGACACGGCAAUGGUGGUGGUGGGAUUGAACUGGACUCCUCAAUUCUCUUAAAGAAAGCCCACGAGCUGAAAGAGGAAGGAAAUAAGAGGUUCCAGAACAAAGAUUAUGUGGGUGCCUUAGAACAGUAUGAGAGUGCUCUUCGCUUGACCCCCAAAUCCCACCCUGAACGUGCUGUGUUUCACAGCAACAGGGCUGCUUGUUUGAUGCAAAUGAAGCCUAUUGACUACGACUCAGUCAUUGCAGAGUGCUCUAUGGCCAUCCAGGUCCAACCUCGCUUCAUCAGGGCUCUUCUCAGAAGGGCCCGUGCUUUUGAGGCUGUUGGCAAGUUUGAAAUGGCUAUGCAGGAUGUUCAGGUGUUGUUGGAUGCAGACUCCAAUCACCGAGAUGCUUUAGAAAUUGCUCGCAGGUUGAGGACUGCAUUGGGGCAACGACAGGAGGCUCAGCAGGACCUCCAUAGCCGCCCAUCCCCUGCUGCUCUUGGAGCUUCUGCAGUUCGUGGUGCCCCCAUUGCAGGCCUGGGACCAUGUUUGCCUGCUCGUCCCAUGUCGAAGAAGGGACUAACUGCUCCAGUUGCACCAUCUGUGUCACCAGGCAACAAAUCUGAAAAGCAACAAGUGACAGCAGCAGCUGUGACUGAAAAUGGUCAGGAGAGUAAAACGCAGCAGCAACCAAAACUUGUCUUGAACCCUUCAACUGGUUCCGCAAAAGUGACUGCUGAUUCAGGUAAGGAUCCCCAUGCACAGAAACCGUCAUUAUCUUCCUCAUCAAGAUCAAUGCUUUCACGUGCACAGGGAUCCGAGGUCGCAGUUAGGUGGAGGCCGGUGAAACUUGUUUAUGACCAUGACAUAAGGCUUGUGCAGAUGCCUGUCAAUUGUUCCUUCAAGGCAUUAAGGGAGAUUGUAAGCAACCGUUUGCCAUUCUCAAAGUCAGUUCUGAUCAAGUACAAAGAUAACGAUGGGGACUUAAUUACUGUCACGUCAACAUCUGAGCUCAAGUCAGCAGAAUCAGCUGCAGACAGUCUUCUGACCAAGAAUGGUGAUCCAGAGAUGGUGGAUGCCGUUGGGAUGUUGAGGUUGCAUAUCGUUGAAGUUUCACCUGAGCAAGAGCCAUCUUUACUAGAAGAGGAGGAGAAGCUUGUUGAGAGCGAAGGUAAUAAGGGGGAUGAAAGCAUAACUCACUCAUCACUCAGCGAAGAAUCUGUAUUGGAGGCACCUGAUAGUGAAAUGGAUAAUAACACUGAGAAAGAAGCUCCAAAGGAGAAAGCAGGAAUUGCAGAGGAUCCAGAGAGCAGCAAGGAAAUAGAAAUGGAUGACUGGCUGUUUGACUUUGCUCAGCUCUUCCGCACUCACGUUGGCAUUGACCCUGAUGCACAUGUUGAUUUGCAUGAAUUUGGGAUGGAGCUAUGCACAGAGGCUCUCGAGGAGACGGUGACAAGUGAGGAAGCUCAAGCUCUGUUUGACAAAGCUGCCCAAAAGUUCCAGGAGGUGGCUGCCUUGGCAUUCUUCAACUGGGGCAAUGUCCACAUGUGUGCUGCUAGGAAACGGAUUCCCUUGGAUGAGUCUUCUGCUGGGGAAGACGUGGUGGCUACUCAGCUUCAGACGGCUUAUGACUGGGUGAAGGAGAAAUAUUGUUCAGCAAGGCAGAAAUAUGAGGAAGCAUUGGUGAUCAAGCCAGACUUUUAUGAAGGUCUGCUUGCCCUGGGGCAACAACAGUUUGAAAUGGCUAAGCUCCACUGGUCUUUUGCACUUGCCAAGAAAAUGGAUCUCUCUGGCUGGGACUCGAUGGAGACACUUGAGCUGUUUGAUAGUGCAGAGCAGAAGAUGAAAGCAGCCACUGAAAUGUGGGAAAAGAUGGAGGAACAGAGAGCGAAGGAGCUAAAGGAUCCAACUUCAAGCAAGAAAGAGGAAUGGUUGAGAAAGAAAAAGAAACACGGAAGCAACACCGCUGAAGGUGAGGCUGUUGUGGUGAAUGGUGGCGGUGGUCAUGGUGAGCUGACACCAGAAGAAGCAGCUGAGCAAGCAGCAGUGAUGAGAUCACAGAUACAUCUCUUCUGGGGCAACAUGCUUUUCGAGCGGUCUCAAGUUGAAUGCAAGCUAGGGACCGGUGAUUGGAGGAAAAACCUGGAUGCAGCAGUGGAGCGAUUCAGGCUGGCUGGUGCUUCAGAAGCUGACAUUGCUAUGGUUUUGAAGAAUCACUACUCAAAUGAAGGUCCAAAGGAGGGGGGAGAGAAGAAGGUGGAGAACCCCAAUGGUGUCAAUACGGCCGCCAAAGUGGAGGUUGCGAAUGAAGAUGUGAAAGAAUGACGAUGACGAUGAUGAUGAUAAUUGUGUUGCAGAAGGUAAGUGUGGCGUCAAUCCAGAUCAGUGAUGUGUGAAUUCAGAGAGGGAAUGGGGAUUUGUUUUCUUCUAGGUAGAGGGAGAGGGGAAGGUCGAGUUUUGCGGGACAUGAAUCUUGGAAUUUUGGGAGGAUUUGUUAUAUAUAUUAGUAGGGACAUUUGUGUGGGAUCACCCUUCAUCUUAAGAAUGUGCUCUAAGGCCAACACACAUGUUGCUAGUUGUUCACGAAAAUGAUUAGACAAGUUCGUUUGUUUCAACAACUCGUGUUGGUUUUAAGCUAGUGAUAAUGGCCUGUUAAAGUUUUGCAGCGUUCUUUCCGCAACAACGCAGUACACCAGUUACUACCAGUACCAGACUGCUCAAGCCUCCAGCUACCCGACCUGUUUCACCAUCCGAAUUUUUUUUCCAUAGAUAUUCCCAAAAGGGAAACAACAGAUAUGGGAUACAAAAGUAAAGCCUUUGCAGGCUUACCUAAAAUAGAAAGAGGGGACGCUAGUCGACCAACUACCGAUCAACGAUAAGAUAGCUUGAUUUGCCACGAUAUGGGCAGCUCUUUGAUACCUUUUUGGCAUGGAUCUAAUCCCUAACCAAACUUCUACUCUUUGCGGGAGAGAGUCAAGGAUCGAGUCCAUUGAAACUGAAGCAGUUCAAUGAAUAUACAACUUUGAGAACUGAGCCCUAACUGAAAGAAGACCGCCAUGCAUCACAUCCUUGAGAGUAUCAAACUCUAAUACAGAGAGCACGCCCAACUACCACUAGAAAUCACCCCAUCAAAUACACAAGUAGCACGAAGCACCAAACGACGCCCCAACUAGACUUGGCCAAGUUGAAGUUGCAGUCAAAAGAACUCCAUCCUUGGUAGCCAACGCUGAAAUGUCACCUGCAAAAAAGCAAACAAAGUUGUCCCUAGUCGGGCAGACCAAACAACCAAAUAGAUAAACAUAGCAAAGAGCACCUUAAAUCAUAAUCAAGUCGUGACACUUAAGCAAGUAAAAAUGACAUAAGUAAACAGUAAAAGUGGCCAACGGGCAAGGGCAGGAGCAAAACCACAACUUCCAGUUCGAUGCACUUAUUUUUUUGGUUGCAUUCAAUGCACUCACUUCGUAAUUGGCAUUCCGAGCAUGCGAUUCAUGUCAAAACGGUAUCGAUAAUCAAUUGCGAUGCGAUGAACAAGAAACACAUGAAUUUAAAAAAAAAACUCAUCUAAGAUUUACUUCAAUUUGAAGGGUUAAGGAUUUAGCAAUGUAGGGUUAGGGUUUCUAAUUUGGGGUUUUGGGUUUGUGUUCAAAAUUGAAGGUUUAAGGUAUAGGGUAAUAGGUUGAUUAGUUGUGAUCAUAUGUUAUAUCAUCAUAUCAAACUAAUGCUACCAAUUAAAAUCCAAAAUGCGAUGUCUUAAGGUUAUUUUUAGAAUUGGGUGCAUUGUAUGCACCCAUUUUUUUUACCGAAGUAGUUAAUCGCUAACCGACUAAUCGGUUAGUGGUUAACCGAUAACCGCCUACUAGCAUAACCACAUAAUUUUUGUCUUUGACUAAGAGAAAAAGUCUCAAGGUUCAAAACAAACCAAAGUCGCAAUUUCAUACAUCCCUAUUUCCACUUAUUGCAAACAACCCUCCACCCAAAGUCUUAAAUGUGUUUAAGAGUCAUAACCCAAAAGCCGUUCUCUGUGACUCCCCUUUUUAAUCGACAAAGCAAACAUCGCACCCUAGUAGUCUUUGUUUCUUAGAUGUUUGUGAAUGAUGUUGAUCUUGUGUUUCUUGUCUUUGAUGUCUCGAUAGUUAUUAUUCACUAAUGAAUGAAGACGUUUGAUUCUUUUUAAUUUUAUAUAAUGAAAUUUGAAUUUUGAU